ACGUCGGCGCUGGUGUUUAAGUGGAUGCACGGAACCAGGGCCGUAGACAGCACAGACAACAUGAAGAUCGCCCAGUUCAGCCUGGAGGAGCUGACUGCCGAGCCGCCCGGCAUUCUCAACUACACCACCGGUCAGUUCAGCACGCUGUCGGCACGGUUCCGGCUGAACCGGGAGAACGGCUACCAUCUGCUGCAGACGUACAUCCCGACCAUCAUGAUCGUCUCCAUCUCGUGGGUGUCGUUUUGGCUGGAGCAGACGGCGACGCCGGCCAGAGUGACGCUGACAAUAGUGACGCUGGCACUGUGGCCUGUGGCCUACAGUGACGCUGACAAUGUGACCUUCGCCUUUGCCCCUGUCUCCUACCUCAAGGCGAUCGAUGUGUGGAUCGGCGUGUGCAUGUUUUUCGUGUUCGGCGCUCUCCUGGAGUUCGUGCUGGUGCACCACCUGGCCAAGAAGCGCAAGUUCCCCGGUCGCCAACGCAAGAGCGUCAAGGAGAUGUUCUUCUCCAGCGACGACCCAGAGCCAGGGCAGCCCGGCGCCAAGAAGCAGACCCACGUGGCGCAAGCCAAAGUCGUGGACAGGGUGUGCCGCGUGCUCAUGCCAUUCGCGUUCAUCACCUUCAUGUUAUCUAUUGGACCUACUACGGCCUCGGCUAGGAUGCGGUAUGGCAGGGUGGUGGCUGCCGGUGGCGGUGGUGGCGACAUGCGCGCUUCGAUGACGGGUAGCUGA